AGGAAGCAGCUGAAGUCGGAUUGUGAGCUGCUGCUCGGCCGCUUCCAGAAAACUGAGUCUGUUCGAUUCCAGGUUUUCUCCCAAAUCUGGAGGGAACUGAACUUCACACACAUUUUCUACGGCACCGUGAGACACGAGAAGCGAGCGUUCAGCCGCCUGGUUCUGGAUCUCGCCUACAGCUACUUCCUGCCGCCGUUCAGCUUCCAGAUCCGAGCCGGAGGACUUUACCUGCUGUACAGUUUGUAUCAGUGUCAGACCGCCUCGCCCCCGGAGCAGAUCCGUGUGGCGCUGAAGGACUGGGACGAGGUGAUGAAGUUUGAGAAAGACGCCAGGGACGCUCAGCACCUCGACGCCGUCUACAUCCUCAGGCGUCUGAUGUCCCUCAAAGCGUUCCACUUCACCGCCAUGCCCACGCUGCUCACCUUCAAGAAGAAGAGGAAGAUGCGGAAGUCGGCCCUGUGCGAGGAGUUCAUCGAGCGAGCGUGUCGUCCGCAGGAGCUGAUCAACGGCGACCUGUUGGAGGAGUUGUCGAACAUCCACGAGAUCUAUGAGAAGAUGAAGACGUCCAUCUCUCUGCCGUCAGAUUUGUCCGUCAACCUGAUCCACAAAAGCUUCGUCCCUCAGCUGCGCAGCGCCGUCGUGGAUUUCCACAAGUGGCAGCAGAGGAAGGAUGGAACAGAUGAAGAUGAAGACUGUGGCGAGGGAACUUCGUCUCAGCAGGAGUGUUCUAACAGAGCCGGCCUCCUCGCCUCCAUCAAAUCAAAAGCGUACGGACAAGCAGCCGAGGCGUCCAAGUCCCGUCGUCACCGGCAGGUGGAGGUGGAUCCGACGAGCAGCGAGGCCGGACCCUCCAACGCACAGAGUCACUCCAGGAAUACGAAACCGUCACUCAAAGCCAGAACCAAUGAGAACAUCCACAUUUCAGGUGACCUGUUGAAAGACGCCUCGUCGACCACCAUGAUCAGUCGUCUCACCGGUCUGGACUCAGUCACUGCAGAAAAACAAAAACAGUAUAAAAAAUUCACCUGGAAAUGAAGCCGACACGGGAACCAACCUUUGUCUCGACCGGAGGCGACGAAGAGAGAUUUUAUUUAUUGAAGAACAUACUUGAAAACGUUUUUAUGUUUUAAAGUAUUUUAUUUUUAAUGUGUUUUAAGCUUUUAAUGGCAAAAACAAAAACCUGCUCAUGUUUGUUGGAGAAUGUGAAGAAAAUAUAAAUGUUCCGUUUGAGUGGAAAUACAUUGUUCAUCUUCAGCUUAGUUUUAUUUCUGGUGUAAAAAAAAAAGGUUUUAUUACAUUUCAGUGUUUUGUAUAAAAACUAUUUUUAACAGUU